UUUCAUUGCGUUAUUACUUUACUCAGUCUCAGUCCUCACGCAGAGUACUUUACCAAACGAACCGUAGAUAACGUCGCGUUUGGUUGUUAAGUUGUUCCGUUUCAGCCAUGGUGGAGAACAAUCUCUUCGAGGAUAUCUUUAGGGUCGAAAAAUUAAACCCCGAUGACAAAAAAUUAUUCGAUAAAGUCACUCGCAUUGAAGCAAGAAGUGAAAAGUUUGACAUGUUUAUGCACCUGGACAUUAAUUCUGAGGUAUAUCCAUUAAAGGUGGGUCAGAAGUUUGCUCUUGUGCUUGUUUCAUCGCUUAAUCCUGAUGGAACACCAGACACUGGCUAUUAUACCCAGAUCAGUCGACAAUCACUGGCCAACAAUUUUGAAUAUGUCAUGUAUGGGAAGCUCUACAGGAUAACAGAGGGUUCGGGGCGUGAAAAAGCGGAGAUGAAUAUUUCAUUUGGUGGGCUUCUGAUGAUGCUGAAGGGAGAUACCUCUCAUUGCAACAAGUUUGAGCUUGAUCAGAGGUUGUAUCUUCUGAUAAGGAAAGUCUGAAAAUUGUAUGUAAAAAAAUAUAUGAGGAUAUGAAGCCUUGUUGCAGCAAAAAGACAACAUCUAUUUCUAACUUCAUGUUUGAGUAUUUUAGCUGUUGAUUAUCUCACUAAUGUGGGUCUUUAGUAGGACCCGAAGUUUAAAAACCAAAUAUUUGUGAUUUGAUUAACAACUCUGGUUUUCUCACA